UUUUCAUUCUUAUUUAGUGCACAACAACACACAGCCACCAUUCCAUUAAAUUAAUCACAAGCCGGCUGCUAACUUAUUAUUUUUUUUCAAAAGUCAAUUUUGUAUGUUAUAUUGUCACUAAGAUACUAUAUUAAUACUUUGUUAUGAUUUUCUUAUGUUGGUGUUUAUUUCUGCAUUCAACUUUAAGGUAUAUUGUAUUCACACCUCUGAAUUAUUAUUGUCUUAAUCUGAUGAAUGACAAUACCUCUUCUGUUUUUUUAUGGUUUGUUUUUCUUCUUCUGACUUGUUCUGGUCAUAACAGAAUAACAGUGUUAUAGAAAAACCAUUAUGAGGUGUGGCUGCUUUGGAACAUUAUCUGUAAAGAAGGAAAAACGACCUUCUAAUUAUAUUUCUAGUGAGAUUGAAGGUUAUCCUUUAGAUAAUAUUAGGCAUUUUUCUGAUAAAGAGCUGAGAUUGGCAACUGAUAAUUUUCAUUUAAGCAAUAAGAUAGGAAGGGGAGGUUUUGGAACUGUUUAUCAGGGAACAUUAAAAGAUGGAAGAAAGAUAGCAGUGAAGCCUCUUUCUGUUGGAUCAAAGCAAGGAGUUCGUGAAUUUUUGACUGAAAUUAAAACUUUAUCAAAUGUUAAACAUUCAAACCUUGUUGAAUUGGUUGGAUUCUGCAUUCAAGGACCUAACCGUACAUUAGUUUAUGAGUAUGUGGAGAAUGGCAACCUUCAUACUGCAUUACUUGGCAAAAAGAGUUCAAACAUCAAACUAGAGUGGAGAAAAAGAUCUGCUAUUUGCAUCGGUACGGCUAAAGGUCUUGCAUAUCUUCAUGAAGAACUUACACAACAUAUUGUACACAGAGAUAUCAAAGCUAGUAAUGUACUACUUGACAAAGAUUUUAAUCCCAAAAUUGGUGAUUUUGGAAUGGCCAAAUUAUUUCCAGAUGAUAUCACUCAUAUCAGCACAAGAAUUGCCGGUACAACUGGUUACUUGGCACCAGAAUAUGCAUUAGGUGGCCAAUUAACUAAGAAGGCUGAUAUAUAUAGUUUUGGAGUACUUAUACUUGAAAUAAUUAGUGGCAAAAGCAGCUCAAGGACAAACUGGGAAGGGUCACAUAAAUUCCUCUUGGAAUGGGCAUGGCAACUUCAUGAAGAUGAGAAAUGGUUGGAGCUAGUAGAUCCAAAUAUGGAAGAAUAUCAUGAGAAAGAAGUAAUCAAGUACAUUAAAGUUGCUCUUUUCUGCACGCAAUCAACAGCAAGAAGAAGGCCAUUGAUGAGUCAAGUGGUCGAUAUGCUCACUAAAGAUAUUCAGCUCAAUGAGAAACAACUCACAGCACCAGGAUUGUUCAAUUAUGAUGUAGGAGAAUCCUCUCAAAAGAAAUCAAACUCUGAAUCUUUAAUUUGUCACACUAGUUCUACUCAGGCUAGUAUUACUCAGGUGAUAGCAAGGUGAUUGAUUCCUAUGUAUUCUUUGUGUGUAUUGCACAGUUACAAAAUGAAAGAAAAAAUAAUUAUUCUUUUUCUUAGAAAUUAAUAGAUUAGUCCAAGCACCAGGAUUUGACCUUUAUAUGUUGGACAAGUUAACCCAGCUCCAACACGAAUUUGCCGUGGUUUAACAUGACUUCUAGAUGCGGAGGCUAGACUAUAGAACCAAAAAAGUAAAAAAAAAUUAAUUACAAUGUAUACCUUUGUUUUCUUAAAUAAAUCUUUAUAUUAGAAUG